AUGGUGGACCAGCUGAAGUACGGCAUCGCCAACGUGGGCGGCUCGUACGACUCGAGCGAGCGGGUGGGUGAGGCCGUCGUGGGUUCGAGGAAAGCCAUGGCGGACAUGCUCAACUGCAAGGCGGCCCUCGACGGAGGCGCGGCCCCGAGGGUGGGCUCAAUCGGGUCGGACGAGAGGUGGGGCACAUCGGGAGGGUACGACAUCCGGGCGGGGCUGGGGUCGGGAGGCGCAGCCUCGAACGGCGCCGGCAGCGUGCACGACGUGCGGGCGGUGUGCGCCCGCGCGGAGGAGCUGUCCGGCGGCCGCGCGCUGCGGUACGUCGACGCCGUGCACUACGCGCCCCACGGGCAUGUGGACGUGGAGGCGAUCGGCUGCGACAUGCUGGCCUGCUCGCCGUACAAGUUCUUCGGGCCGCACUCUGGCGUGCUCUUCGGGCGGUCGGAGCUGCUGGCCGAGCUGCCGGUUGACCGCCUCGACGUGCAGGACGACCGCCUACCCUGCGACGACAACUGCCACAUGUCCCGCUGGGAGGUCGGCACCCAGAACCACGAGGCGCUCGCCGGCGUGGUGGCGGCCGUGGACUACCUGGCCGGCCUGGGGGAGCGCUUCGGGGGCGCGGACGCCGGCGCCCCGCGGCGGGACCGGCUGAGGUACGCAUGGACCGCGAUCCAGGCGCACGAGAACGAGCUCAAGGUCAGGUUCCUGGAGGGCGCCGAGAGAGUGCAUGGCCUGAGAGUCCUGGGCGUCACGGAUCCCGGCCGCGUGGACUUCCGCACCUCUACUUUCGCGAUUGCCAAAGAUGGCAUGACCGCGGCGGAGCUUGCGGAGCGGCUGUGCAGGAGGGGCGUGUGGUGCACGGCGGGCAACCAUUACGCGGGCUUCUGGGGCGACCUCAGCGCCGGGCUGGCCACGCCGGACACGGGCAUGGCGCGCAUCGGGUUCCUGCACUACAACACUUUGGAGGAUGAUGGAUCGAUGCAGUGUUGCAGGUGCUGGACUCCCUGUGACGCGGAACUCCGUGCCCCGAGGGCGCCUGCGCUCCCGCGCGCCCGGGCGGCGGAGCGAGCUCCUGCGGGCCGCCGUGCUCGCAGCGGCCUGCUGCUGUGCAGAAGGAUUGCAAACGAAGGAUUCCGAACCAGACGGAGCGCUCCCACACCCUCUUCUUGUCACCCCACCGUCCCCUGCUGUCCGCCCUCUCCCGUGCUCUUGCCUUCCCCCCCCCUUCUCCCCAUCUCCCACACCACUACCACUAAUUUCAAUUCGAACUGCACAUACGAUGUGAUGUUUUUUUCCUGCCUCCAGGGCCCAGUCCCUCCAAAGGCAUCGUGGGCCAAGAAGGGCCACACGCGGAAAGCCCCCUGUUGGUGGUGGCAUCUUUUCGGGCAUGGGGAGUGGACAUAACCAGGUCCCCCCAUGGCUCAUGGCAUGCGUCCAUAUGCGCAUGCUUAAUACAGCGGGCGACGGAGGAAGUUGAGUGUGAGUGCUGAUUUUGCUCCUGCCUGGCUGCGUUGCGUGGGCCCCAUGCACAGAGGCAGCCGAACGUGGGUCCGAUUUUGUUCCUGCUCGUCGCGUGUGGAGCACAGCCAGCGACGGAGGCAGCCGAAUGCGAGUGUUGGUGUUCGUCCUUGCUCGACUUCGUGGAGCGUAGCUGGAGGAGGUCGACAUCGCAGUUUCGGAGUUUUGGGCCGCGCGUGCUUAGCGCGCUGAGCCAAAAGACCUGGGCCAGAAGACCUCAUAGCGAGAGACGUGCGAGAUACAAAAACAAUUACCCGAGACGUACCCAACCC